GGUAUUGGCUUCCUGGCGCUGCUCCAUGUUGUGUGGUACAUCGAGGUGCGUCGUCGCAUCCCGCUCAGCUCGUUGAUACUGAAACAGGUCAUUGACGUUGCCCACAAGAACCCCGUCACAUGGAAGGUAUCUGCCUGCGGCACGCUCGUUUCCGCCGUGUUUAGUCUGGCCACCGUUAUUGCCGCUUAUGGAACGAUGGUGAAAUGGGGACUGGACGAUACCGGACAGCUGAAGAACAAGACCAUGUUUGUGGCAAUGGGUAUGUUUGUGCUGUUCACAGGCACCUUCAUCGCUGAAGUGCUGAAGAACGUGCUGCAUUCGACGGUCGCCGGCGUCUACGGCUCGUGGUACUACCUCUCGCACGCAGACAGGUGUCCGAAAAACGCCGGCUUUGCGGCCUUCAGGCGUAGCGUGACGUACUCAUUCGGCUCCAUCUGCUUUGGCUCGCUCAUUAUUUCUGUCAUUCAGACACUCAACAGCGUGGCAGGCCUAGCCAAGCACUGGGCAGCCCAGGACGGGGGAUUGGCAGGCUACAUUGGUUUUUACAUCAUCGAGAUCUUCGCUUCUAUUAUGGAGUCUAUGGUGAGAUGGCUCAACGAGUACGCGUAUUCACUGGUGUCGCUCUACGGACUCGACUUUCUGCACGCUGCGCGCGGAGCAUUCGCGCUCGUCGAGCAAAAAGGUCUCAGUGCGCCCAUCAACGACUGUCUCAUCAACACAGCGCUGGGCCUAUACUCUCUGUUUGUGGCGCAAAUGUGCGGUAUCGUGUCGGUGCUCUUCGUCUUCACCACGCAGCCUGCCUGGGCCCAGAACACCGAGGGCGUGGUGGACGUCAAUAUGGGGGUUGUUUUGGUGGUGCUGUUUGCUAGCGCGUUCGGGUUCUUUGUUGCCAAUGUUGCCACCAGCGUUGUGCACAGCGGUACCGUCACGUUCUUUAUCAUGCUCGCCAAAGAUCCUGAGGUCUACAAGGCGACGCACCCCGACGAGUUUGCUCGGGUUUUUGCAGUGUAUCCUGACGUCGAGCGGAAGCUG